AUGAAACGAUUGUUUGUACUUAUCGCGCUAGCAAUUCCUGCUCAAGCAUGUAUCGGAGGUGGUGGAUGUUGUCCUCAACCACCAUGCGGAGGACAAAUGCAAUGUUGCUGCCUAUCAUUGCCUACAUUACCCCCUCCUCCACCAAUUUGUCUGCCAUCACUAAAACUUCCCAGUUGUUGUUGUCCAACAGGAGGAGGCGGUGGCUGCCCACCAGCAGCACCACCAUGUGGUGGUGGCGGUGGUGGAUGUGGAGGAUGUUCUGGUGUUGGUGCGGCGGCUGGUCAUUUUCCACCUCCUCCGGCACCACCCGGGGGGUACGCGGUUGCUCCUCUGAGCUAUGGAGGUGCGGGUGCUUAUGCAGCUCCUGCUCCCAGUUAUAAAGGUGGCGGUGGCGCCUAUGGAGUUGCUGGUAGCGGCGGUACUUAUGGAGCUAUUGGUGGUGCUGGCGCAUAUAGAGCUGGUGACGGCGUCUAUGGAGCUGGUGGUGGUGGUGGCUCAAAAUAUGGCUAA